AUGGAGGGAACCGGGACUUCGAGUGCUUACGGGAUUUCGCUCGCAGGAGGAGGCUUUGACUUUCUAAAAUUUGUCCGACAACCGCAAACCAUUGUGCGGCUACUGAGCUGGCUAUUUUCCAUUGUGGUUUUUGCCUGCAUCACCACAGAGGGAUACAUCAACCCUGUCUUCAGCGCUGAGCCAAAGUGCAUCUUCAACCAAAGUGACUCGGCAUGUCAUUACGCUGUUGGAAUUGGCGUGAUUGCCUUCCUUGCCUGUGUGGGCUUUUUACUUUUAGAUAUUUACAUGCCUUUUAUGAGUAAUGCACAGCAAAGGAAAUUUGUUGUGAUGGCAGACCUAGGAUUUUCUGGAGCUUGGACCUUUCUGUGGUUUGUGUGCUUCUGCUUGUUGGCCAGUCAUUGGAGUCGCACGCAUGAUGUCAGCGCAAUUCCUCAGGACGCAGCACGUGCAACAGUGGCCUUUUCAUUCUUCUCCAUCGCUACCUGGGGAAUCCUAACCUACUUCGCCUUGGGUCGUUUCCGUAGCGGCACUGACGACGUCGCCAUCCCAACCUACACUGAGCAGCCUCCAGAACAACACGAGCCUUACCCGCCAACCUACGCCCCUGCCCCCUACAACCCCACGCCAUACACCCCCACCACCUAUCCCACCCUAGCUGACUUAAGCCAGCAACCUGCCUUCACCCCAAACCUGCAGCCGACGCCCGGCUAUCAGCCACCGAAUUACUGA